AUGUUCCUCAAAGUCCAGUUACCAUGGAAUGUGAUGAUUCCAGCUGAAAACAUGGAUGCAAAAGGACUUAUGCUGAAGAGGGCUAUACUGAUACAGUUACUAGACGCAUUUGCUUCAAAGAAAGCGACCAACGAGCUUGGCUACUACUUGGCAGUCACAACUCUGGACAAGAUCGGAGAAGGCAAAAUCAGGGAGCAUACCGGUGAAGUUAUGUUCCCGGUAGUUUUCAGCGGAAUCACUUUCAAGAUCUUCAAAGGAGAGAUACUUCACGGUGUGGUGCACAAAGUGUUGAAGCAUGGUGUCUUCCUGAGGUGUGGUCCGAUCGAGAAUGUUUACCUCUCCUACGCGAAGAUGCCGGAUUACAAGUAUGUCCCGGGAGAGAACGGUAUCUUCAUGAGCGAGAAGAUGUCGAGGAUUCAGGUUGAGUCUACCGUAAGAUUUGUGGUGAUCGCGAUAAAGUGGAUGGAGGCAGAGAGAGAGUUUCAGGCGUUGGCUAGCCUUGAAGGGGACUAUCUUGGACCAAUCUCUGAAGGGGGCGAUGUUGGACCAAUGUCCGAAGAGUGA